AUGUUAGCCCGCUUUCCAUUCACCAGGCGCAAUCGCAGUGAAUACCAUAAAUUUCAAGAACAACUCAAUACUCAAGAACAAUUUGUAUGCAAUAUAGCCAUGACAGCAAAUGGAAACGGCGCUAAUUAUGCACCGCUGAAACAAACAUUUUCAGAUUCUGAAUCCGAAGACGAUCAUAAACUAGAAAAUGCUGUCCAUAUUCGAGCUACAGACAGUUGUAAUAAUUUGGAUUACAAUAGUGGACUGCAAUCUACCAAGAAUUAUAGCAUGAGUGACAUGGACGACUUAAAUACUAAUGUUAAUACACUAGAAAGUACGAUGGACAAUGUAAGUUUUCUGCAAUCUGAUGCUUCAAAUAAAAUGUCUUUACCUCGUCGUUGCGCUUUUGUCGCAUCUAUAUUUAUGUGCGUUUUUACAGUAGUAAUAUUUCUAUGGGGUAUACCGUGCUCAGAUGUAGGAAGUUGUCCUAAUAAUGAGUGGCAUGACAAGACAACCAGCUGGGAAUUACCAUAUUAUGACUUGGAGCUUUCUGGAGCAAUUCAAGUGGUGAAUGGUGCUAUACCUAACACCAAAAAUUUAAUAUUUAUUUAUAGAGGUAAUCACAUGAAGCAUGAGGGUUCAAGUAACAGUGACAAUGUAAAUGGGGUACUGCUUAUUGUUGGUAAUACUGGAGAAGUAGGAUGGUUCACUAGGGAGAAGAGAAUACCUACAGAAAUUAAUUGCAAUGUUGUUGAUGUAAAUAAAGAUAAGCAAAAGGAUUGUAUAGUUGCUGGGUCUGAGGGAUUGUUAGCUGCUUUGAAUGCUUUAUCAGGUACCCAUUUUUGGCAUGUUAAUAAAAAUGGAAAUGUUUCUAGUGAUAUUGCUGCAAUAGACUUCCCAAUAGUAGUGAAUGAUACCAAUAAGGAUGGUGUAGUGGAUCUCCUCACAAUAGCUACAGUCUAUCCAAGUACAAAUCACAACACACUACUGCUUAUCUCAGGUGCAACUGGAAACAUUAUUGGUGGUCCAUUGUUAAUUCCAGAUUGUAUGUCGGUAAAAUUGCUAGUGGAAUCUGUUUCUAUAACAUAUCUUUGUAAAAAUGGACCUGCCGAAGCUGUGAGACAUAUUCUGUAUCCGCAACUACUCAAAAAAUUAUCCAUGUACCAUGCAGAUAAAACUUCGGCAGCUCCAAAAAAACCAAAUUUAAGUUUAAAAAAGAAAAUAGGCAAUACAAGAAAAGUAUUUAAUAAUGGACCAGGAAAACUUAUUGUAGAAAAUUCAGGUGAAUGUCCAAACUCUUGCAGGGUAAACUUGACACUGUUAUUAGAACAAAAUGGAACUACAAAUGACGAGCGGCAAGCGGCACACUCGUACGUGUACUCACACGACGCGCGCGUGCAGCGUGUGCUCGUGCACGAGGCUGUGCAGCAGCGCGCACGCGACGGCCCACUGCCGGCUACUGGACGAGCGGCGAGCGGCGCGCUCGUGCGUGUACUCACAAGACGUGCGCGUGCAGCGUGUGCUCGUGCGCGAGGCUGUGCAGCAGCGCGCACGCGACGGCCCACUGCCGGCUACAGGACGAGCGGCGAGCGGCGCGCUCGUGCGUGUACUCACAAGACGUGCGCGUGCAGCGUGUGCUCGUGCACGAGGCUGUGCAGCAGGCGCACGCGACGGCCCACUGCCGGCUACAGGACGAGCGGCGAGCGGCGCGCUCGUGCGUUUACUCACAAAACGUGCGCGUGCAUCGUGUGCUCGUGCGCGAGGCUGUGCAGCAGCGCGCACGCGACGGCCCACUGCCGGCUGCAGGACGAGCGGCGAGCGGCACGCUCGUGCGUGUACUCACAAGACGUGCGCGUGCAGCGUGCGCUCGUGCGCGAGGCUGUGCAGCAGCGCGCACGCGACGGCCCACUGCCGGCUACAGGACGAGCGACGAGCGGCGCGCUCGUGCGUGUACUCACAAGACGUGCGCGUGCAGCUGUGCUCGUGCGCGAGGCUGUGCAGCAGCGCGCACGCGACGGCCCACUGCCGGCUGCAGGACAGCAGCGGCGCGCUCGUCCGUGUACUCACAAGACGCGCGCGUGCAGCGUGCGCUCGUGCACGAGGUUGUACAGCAGCGCGCGGCGGCGGCUCUCUGCCGGCUGCAGGACGAGCGUCGAGCGGCGCACUCGUGCAUGUACUCACACGACACGCGCUUGCAGCGUGUGCUCGUGCGCGAGGCUGUGUAGCAGCGCGCACGCGACGGCCCACUGCCGGCUGCAGGACGAGCGGCGAGCGGCGCGCUCGUGCGUGUACUCACAAGACGUGCGCGUGCAGCGUGUGCUCGUGCGCGAGGCUGCAGCAGCGCGCACGCGACGGCCCACUGCCGGCUGCAGGACGAGCGGCGAGCGGCGCGCUCGUGCGUGUACUCACAAGACGUGCGCGUGCAGCGUGUGCUCGUGCGCGAGGCUGUGUAGCAGCGCGCACGCGACGGCCCACUGCCGGCUGCAGGACGAGCGGCGAGCGGCGCGCUCGUGCGUGUACUCACAAGACGACGAGCGGCGAGCGGCGCGCUCGUGCGUGUACUCACAAGACGUGCGCGUGCAGCGUGUGCUCGUGCGCGAGGCUGUGUGCAGCGGCGCGCACGCGACGGCCCACUGCCGGCUGCAGGACGAGCGGCGAGCGGCGCGCUCGUGCGUGUACUCACAAGACGUGCGCGUGCAGCGUGUGCUCGUGCACGAGGCUGUGCAGCAGCGCGCACGCGACGGCCCACUGCCGGCUACAGGACGAGCGGCGAGCGGCGCGCUCGUGCGUGUACUCACAAGACGUGCGCGUGCAGCGUGUGCUCGUGCGCGAGGCUGUGCAGCAGCGCGCACGCGACGGCCCACUGCCGGCUGCAGGACGAGCGGCGAGCGGCGCGCUCGUGCGUGUACUCACAAGACGUGCGCGUGCAGCGUGUGCUCGUGCACGAGGCUGUGCAGCAGCGCGCACGCGACGGCCCACUGCCGGCUACAGGACGAGCGGCGAGCGGCGCGCUCGUGCGUGUACUCACAAGACGUGCGCGUGCAGCGUGUGCUCGUGCGCGAGGCUGUGCAGCAGCGCGCCACGCGACGGCCCACUGCCGGCUGCAGGACGAGCGGCGAGCGGCGCGCUCGUGCGUGUACUCACAAGACGUGCGCGUGCAGCGUGUGCUCGUGCACGAGGCUGUGCAGCAGCGCGCACGCGACGGCCCACUGCCGGCUACAGGACGAGCGGCGAGCGGCGCGCUCGUGCGUGUACUCACAAGACGUGCGCGUGCAGCGUGUGCUCGUGCGCGAGGCUGUGCAGCAGCGCGCGCGCGACGGCCCACUGCCGGCUGCAGGACGAGCGGCGAGCGGCGCGCUCGUGCGUGUACUCACAAGACGUGCUCGUGCAGCGUGUGCUCGUGCACGAGGCUGUGCAGCAGCGCGCACGCGACGGCCCACUGCCGGCUGCAGGACGAGCGGCGAGCUCGUGCGUUUACUCACAAGACGUGCGCGUGCAGCGUGUGCUCGUGCGUGA